UCAGUUAGCCAGUUAGCCAAGUUAGCCAAGUUAGCCCAGUUAGUGUAGUGUUAGUGAUAGGCGCAAUGCCAGCCUUUACCUUAAACGCCAGCCAACAGAGCCAAAGCAGCCGCAGCAGCAGGAGUGCACACAGCAGCUGGAGCUGCCACAGCCGGCAGGUGCUGCUAGUGAUCAUGAUCCUGAGCGUCGUGAUGCCAUUCACCAAGGCGCGACACUUGCGCGACCAGGUGGCACUGGACUACGCCUACGACGAGGACAACUCCGGCCGAUCUUCCUCGUCGUCAUCGUCAUCCUCAUCAUCGGGUGGCGACAUCCUGCCCGCCUUCGAUGUCAAUCCGUAUCGCGGUCUGGCCGAUAGCUUCGGCGAGGGCAGCUACGACAGUGAUAUGAGUCUCAGCGAGAGUAGCUACGAGGAGAUCGCCCAGGCGGCCAUCCGGGCUGCCAGGCGGGAGAUGCGCCGUCAGAGGACGCGACACGCGCGCAGCCACAACCUGCGACUCUUCUCCGGCAAAUCAGAGAUCCCGGAGUGGGAGAACCCGUGCGGAGGCACCUACACGCCCGACGAGAGCCUCAGCGAUAGCAGCGCCAGCCAAGGACGAGUUAUCAAGCGCAAGCACCUCGAAAACUUGCGGAACAUCACGAUGAGCGAAUACCAAGAUAUAACCCACCGCGCCACCCUGGAGUACGGCAAUCUGCAGCACUGGCAGCGCGAGUACAAGUUCCUGCCGAACAUGACGAGGCCCACAAGUGCGGUGAAGCUAAAGACUUGGUACCGCCACAUGCAGACCUUCGUGGGCAGCUUCUCAUAUCUGGGACGGGCGCAGUACAAGUUCCGCAAGGAUCAGCAGAAGAGCCUCAACGAGGCGGUCACCAAGGAGCUGCACGACCUGCUGGUCAGCGCGCGCUAUAUGCUCUGCGAGAUCGAGUUGACCAUAAACGCCUCCUAUCCGAACAGCAAUGGUGCGAAGCUGAGCCGCGUUAGCCGGCAGGCGAUGGAGGAGCGUCUCAACUUUCACACGCCAGCCAACGGAUCCAUGGAGGCGGACCAGCGCGACCUGAAGGUCAGCAAGGAGCUGUACUUCCAGUAUCUGAACAACGUGUGGAAGACCCUGCACCGUGUCCUGCGGCGACCGCGACGCAAUAGUGCCGAGCGGCGACACCUGGCGGCGAUUCACGGAACUGGUGCGAGCGGGCUGCGGGCGGGCAGCUCGGAAAUGCUCGACGUGGGCUCCUCGAACGGAUCCGGUGGCAGUUCCGGCUCCGAUGGCGGAUCCAAUGAGUCUUGAGCCCUCGGCACCCAGCUCUGAGCCAGUUGAGCCGGCCAGCCGGGUCAACAUCACGCCCUUCCAGUAUUAUAGCGAGUACUUACAGCUGCACAUUCCAAAGCUUAGCAGCUUUCCAGCUCUGCAGCUUCCAAGCCAAAUAGAGGACCACCCGACCAAUCGAGCGGGCGAGAACGAAGAAUUUUUGUCGAAUGCCAUUUAGACACGUACUUUUAGUAUUUAUUUAUUUAUUGAAUAUUGAGUAUUGAAUAUUGAGUAUUGAGUAUUAGAGCGCCUUCCAUUCCAGUUGCCAAACCAAGCCAAUCUAAUCCACUACAUUUAAACCCAUUUCCCAUUUGCACUUCCAUGCGGCCCAGUGCCAACUCGACUAUUUAUUUGCCAUUUAGAAUAUGGACUCUUUUUUUUCUCUAUGUGUAGUAACUUAUUUAUUUAUUUAUGUAUAUCAAUAUUGUAUUUAUACCUAUUUAUUUGUGCAACGGCGAGAUAAACUCGCCAGCAAAAGCCCAACAAAAAACCCAGCCACAAACAAAAAAAUGCUUAAAUCUACUGUGAUUUAUUUUAAGUACUUUUUUUGAAUAGUUCUUAGUGAUUGUGAAAAAAAAAACACGAAGCGAUUGUGAAAGAAAACGAAGCGUAGUAUUGUACAGACAUUCUUGUGCUUAGUUGUAAGUUUGUGCAAAAUAAACUUAGACAAGAC